AGAAAAAUUCGGAGUUUUUAAAAAAUCCAAUUUGAAUAACACUAACUACAGUUAAAAAUAAAAUUUGAAAACCCUUUAUACCGAAUGCCUUACAGUAAAUAACACGUAAAACUAUUCGAAGAAUAAGGUCGAGCAGAAUGAUACCUCUGGUUCUAGCAGACGAAAAAAUUGAUAAAAAUUAUUACGACAAAAAUAUUACCAAAAUUUACGAAAUAAAAAAACUCAAAGAUGUAAUUCCCCAGAUACAGGCAAGUUUAAUCCUUUGUUUGUUUAAUAUGAUGAUGGGAAUCACUCUAUCAUUUUCUGGAAUUUUGAUACCGGAAAUAGAAAAAGCAGACAGCAAUUUUCAAACAACAACCUCAGACAAUUCAUGGAUAGCAAGCGUGCAUUUUAUUACUAUGGUUUUGUGGAGUCCUGUAGCUGGAGUUCUAAUAGAUAAUAUAGGUAGACUCAAGACAAUAAGAUUAUCAAUUAUACCAUCCAUUACUGGGUGGAUUCUAAUCGCCUCUGGGACGAAUACGACAAUAGUGAUAAUAGGAAGAGCUUUUUUAGGUGUAGGAGCAGUAAUGAGUUGUUGCAGCGCUGGUGUUUACAUUACCGAAACAGCAUGGCCUACAAUGAGAGGUACCCUUCUUGAAGUUAGUUGUGUAACCGCCGCAAUAGGAAUGGAAUUGACAUAUUUACAAAGUUUUGCCAUGUACUGGAGAACCAUGGCGUGGUCAUAUAUUUUGUGCUAUUUAAUUAUUGCAAGUUUAACAUUUCUUCUAUACGAAAGUCCAGUUUGGCUAAUAAAGAAAGGAAAAACAAAAAACGCAAGAAAAUCAUUAGAAUGGCUGCAUAAGUAUCAAACUUCUCAAACAAAUCAGAAUUUAGCUGAUAUUCAUUUAGCCAUCCUGAUAUACGAAGGGGAUGUCAGAAAAAGAAAUCAAUCGAAAAUAGGGAAAAUACCACAAUCAAUUUCGGCAUUUCUCAAUCCUACUGUCUACAAGCCAGUUUCUAUUAUAAGUUUCAUCAUAAUCUUGCAGCAAUUUUCAGGCUAUUACAUAAUAGAAGCCAACGCAAUCUCGUUCUUUACAAGUGUAGGUAGCAGUAUUGACCCCCUUGUAUCUUCCAAUUUAGUAACUACACUCCCCAUUGUCAUAAGCAUUAUGAACCUUUACACGAUAAAGCGAUUUCCGCGAAAAACUAUCCUUAUAAGUAGCUGCUUAGGAUCCGCUAUCUGUUUGUUUGUUUCUGGACUUUUUACAAAAUGGAUCAAUGACGGAACUACUAAUCAGAAAUGGGUUCCGGUAUUCUUUAUAUUUCUUUUUAUGGCAAUAGCGAUGGCAGGUUGGGAGCCGGUGCCAUGGAUAAUGCUUGCAGAAAUGGUACCCCAAGAGCUCAGAGGCCUAAUUAUGUCCAUAAUGAUGGCGGCGGGCUCAUGUAUUAUGUUUCUGGCCAUUUAUAGUUUCCGAUUCAUGAGAAAUUCAAUGGGAAUUUUUGAACUUCAAAUGUUUUACGGUUCAGUUGCUCUAUUAGGCUCUAUAGUUGUCUAUUUUAUUUUGCCAGAAACGAGGGGGAAAACGCUAAUGGAAAUCGAGGAAAUUUUUAAAAGAUAAAAAAUAUAAUUUUUCUAAAUAAAAUAUAAAGAUGUAAAAUGUCAGAAGUGUUUUAAAUGACUAAUGACAUAAGUAAAUUAAUAAAUUUUGAGUUUUCUUGUGAGAUA